AUGGCGGACGUGAAACCAGGAGGGGCGAGUCGCCCUCGCCCCGGAAGCCGGAACUUCCUGACGACACAGCAGACUUUGCUGUCAAAGAGCUGGUUGUUGAAAAAGCGUCACUGGGUGGCUAUGCUGCUAGAGAUUUUCCUGCCUGUGAUCUUUAUCCUUCUCAUCACGGCUCUCAAGGCACUUUCGGACGACGUACAAGUUCCUGCCGGUUGGAGUAGUACUGCUUCGGAGAAGUCCUUCUCGCUUAUGCAGAACGGAUAUCUCGUUCAAGAACCGACACUCAACGGGCUCAUGGCGUAUCUGGGGCUACGUACUGCAGCUGAACUGCACAACACAACUGGAGUAUCAACUGACGACCAGCAGGCCUGUGCCUUCAGUGUGGGCUACGGUGGGUUCGUCAGCACGGACACUACUUCAGCAUUUUCUGUACUUGAAUCGUGCCGAAACUACGUGACGCCGUACAAAUUAGCCAUAGCUCCCGAUACCGACUUCACGCGCAAAUAUUUCUUCGAGGCUGUCAAAACGUGGUACCCUCGCGUGGUUGUCGAUGCCGCCGCUGACGUGGCAUUGCCGAGUCUUGAAGACAGUGUAGUUUUCUUCGACUCUGAAGAUUCUUUAGAGUCUUACAUCGGAAAAGUUGGCUACGGCAAGUCCUUCGAGACACCGAUCAUUUAUGCUGCGUUGGUGUUCGAUGAAUACCCAGAAGAUGAGGAUAUCGGCACGUACCAGUCGAUUGAGUACUCGGUGCGCAUGAACUCAACGUUGGGGAGGGGAGGUUCAUCUGGUGCUGUCCCUCGUACUCUUGGAGAUCCGGCGUUUGAAGCUCCGUUCCAGCGCACCAUUGAGCAGACUUACUACACCUCCUACGCGUCGCAGGGUUUCAUGACGUUGCAGACGCUCGUCGCUCGCUUCGUUAACUGCAUGCCUGCAUGGGACACGAAGACGAAGAGCACCACCGGUAUUUGCACGCAGAAACUAUCCAUAGCAGUGAAUAGCACAGAGAACGAUGCUCGACUCUUUCAUGCUGUGGACGGCGAUGUGCUGUUGAACGCUGGGUUGUCCGCUGCGUUUGGCUCUACAGGUACGACGUGGCAAACUCUGCUAUCAACGGCUGCCAAAGAGCAGCUUCUUGUUCCCUUGCGCCAGGCUCCACAGCCUUAUUUUGCAACAACUGUGGCUCCUUUUCCGAUUGACAGCUUCCUCUCGGCCCCGUUUUACGACCAAGUUAGCUCAGUCUUCCCACUUGUGUUCGUGUUGGCGUACCUGUAUGCUAUCUCGCGUGUGCUCGUAGUGCUUAUCCAGGAGAAAGAGACUCGCUCACGGGAAUACCUCAAGAUCCUCGGCAUGUCCGAGAGUGCGAUCAUCCUGGCCUGGUACAUCACAUACUUGAUCAUCUUCGUCCUGAGUGCCAUCGCACAAGCGAUCGCAAGCAGCGCUGGACUCUUCCCGAAUAGCGAUCCAGUGCUGAUCUUCAUCUUCUUCCUGCUCUUCUCGCUCAGUGUACUCUCCUUUGGCUUUUUCAUGAGUACGCUCUUCUCCCGUUCGCGUACAGGUUCUUUCGCUGGAAUGGUGCUCUUCUUCUUCAUGUACUUUGUGUCGAGUGGGUUCUCAUCGACAUCGUCAAUUGGUUCCAAGACUGGAGCUUGUUUGCUUCCACCUGUGGCGUUGGCUUUCGGAGUUCAGACACUGGCUACAGCAGAGUCGACGGGUGUUGGUAUGAGCUUCGCAUCGUCCAGUACAGUUGUCAACAAUUUCAAGUUCGGGUCUGCAAUUGGGAUGCUCUUCUUCGACAUUUUCCUUUACACGAUUGUUGGGCUGUAUCUCGAGCGGGUGAUUCCGCGUGAGUACGGCACUGUCGAGAAAUGGUACUUCCCGUUUCAGCCCAGCUAUUGGAUGAACGCUGUACGCUCGAGGAGUAGCAAGAGCAAGGUCAAUGACGUAGCAAAUAAUGUUGUCAACGGUAGCCAUGCCAUACUGGACAUCCAGAAUCCCAACAUGGAGGAAGCCAGCGAGGAUUUACUCCACCAAGAGCGCUCGGGUGAGGCUCUUGUGAUCCGAGAUAUCAAGAAGGAGUUCCCCGUACCGGGAGGAGUCAAAUACGCUGUUCGUGGCGUAAGUCUUGCCAUGUACAAGGACCAGAUCACGUGCUUGCUGGGUCACAAUGGUGCUGGUAAAACCACGCUCAUUUCGAUGCUCACGGGUAUGAUCGCGCCUUCGUCGGGAGAUGCAUCAUUCCGUGGACUGUCACUCAUGCACGACAUGGGAGAAAUUCGUCAAUCCUUGGGGCUCUGUUUCCAGCACGACGUGCUUUACGGUGAACUCACAGUCGAGGAACACUUGCUUUUCUAUGGACGAGUGAAGGGCUAUCGCGGUGCUGCACUCCGAGAAGAGGUGAAUACCAAGAUCACCGAAGUGGGGCUUACUGAAAAGCGCCACGUGUUUGCUGGUUCUCUCUCGGGCGGCAUGAAGCGAAAGUUGUCGGUUGCCAUUUGUUUGCUGGGCGACAGCUCACUGGUGUUUCUGGACGAGCCCACGAGUGGUAUGGACCCUUACAGUCGACGCAGCACCUGGGAGAUCCUGCUUAACAACCGUGCCAACCGUGUGAUGGUGCUCACAACGCACUUCAUGGACGAAGCUGACAUUCUGGGAGAUCGAAUUGCCAUUAUGGCAGAAGGACAGCUUCGGUGCUGUGGGUCUUCCCUCUUCCUGAAGAAUCGCUACGGUGCCGGAUACAACUUCACGUUGGUCAAGAGUAGUGAUCCCGCUGCACCUUGCAAGGAAGCGUUACUGCAGUCACUGAUCACAGCUCGGGUGCCUGCAGCCAAGGUACUCAGCAAUGUCGGUGCUGAAAUCGCGUUCCAGCUUCCACUGGAUAGUACUGCUUCCUUUCCACAGCUUUUUGAGGAACUGGACGAGAGAAUGCGUGACAUCGGCGUGCUGUCGUACGGCAUUUCAGUCACGACACUCGAGGAGGUGUUCAUCAAAGUGGCCGAAGCCAGCGACGAAGCCAACCAGCACACGCUUAACAAAAACGGCGCCAGUGCCAACGCCGCUGAUGGUGCUUUGCCACCAGGUGGUCCAUCCAUCGCAAACUUAACUGGCAUCACCAUGUUUCUCGUACACUUGUCGGCGCUGUUGCUCAAGCGUUUCCGGAUCGCAAAGCGUGAUCGCCGCGUUAUUAUCUUCAGCGCUUUGUUACCCGUGACACUGCUUGCUGCCGGAUUUAUCAUCUUGAAGACCAGCGCACUCACGCGAUCCGAUGUAAAACUUGCGCUUAGUACCGAAGACUUCGAGACUAAAUUGCCCAGUGUACCAUACUUUUGCGAAGCUGACGGUUCUCAGUGGUGCUCCAAGACUUUGGCUUCGCUCUUUACCGGUGGCGAAGCCUCCCCCUUCACAAGUACCGACAUUUCUUCUCCUCCAUACACAAAAUGGCCGACUUCGGUGUUCAAUGUGAGCUACGCAGAAGCAGAUCUCGCAAGUUCAAGCAAUCCUCAUAGCAACGAGUAUUGUCUGCGUAUAAGCGACAAGAUUUAUCAGCGCGCCUUUGGAAAGACCGACGAUGAAAUGACCAAGGUCACGCAAACUCCCGUGAAGGGCCAAUACGGUGGCUAUCUUGUCCAUGCCUCUGGAACUGAGCAAAUGUUUGGUUAUCACCUCUUCGUGAACACGACCGCAGCGCAUGGAGCUGUCAUCUUCAAGGCCUUGAUGGACCAAGCUCUAUAUCGCUUCAUGGCAGGAGGAGAUACUGACGUGACGCUCAAGGCAAACACGUACCCUCUGCCCAUGACAGCAGCUACACAAGCGCUCUUUGGGUCGUUCCUGGCAUUUACAGCGUGCAUCUUCAUCGUCAUCGCCUUCGCUUUCUUCCCAGCUUCCAUUGUCGGGUUCCUCGUGAAAGAAAAACAGUCCGAACACAACUCCAAGCACCAACAGCUUGUUUCAGGUGUGAGUCUACCAGCGUUUUGGCUGGCUAAUUAUCUCUGGGACUUGUUCACGUACAUUGUCCCGUUCAUCGCAGCGAUUGUGCUCAUCCAGAUCUUUGACAUCGCAGCUUUUACUGGCAAUGACUGCGUGAGCUGCACGGGCGAGACAUUCUCUGCUAUUGUGCUGCUCUUCAUCCUCUUUGGACUUGCCAUUUGCCCAUUCACGUACUGCCUCUCGUAUUUCUUCAAGGAACACGCAUCUGCUCAAACGUACACCAUCAUGACCAACUUCCUGUUGGGUGUGGUGUUGAUGGUGGUCUCCUUUAUCUUGGACGUUGUGAGUGACAGCAGCAGCGACGCGAACAAAGUGCUCAAGUUUUUUUGGCGCCUCAGUCCGCUCUUCAAUCUGGGGAGUGCACUGCUCAACCAGUGCCUCAGUGAGAUUGGGGCUGCGUUCGGACGGACCUCGGAGCCGAUUAGUCCUUUCAAGAUGGAUGUCAUGGGGUGGGAGCUGCUGUACUUGGCUCUGGACUCGAUCAUCUUCUUCACCAUUGCCGUCGGUAUCGACUUCUUGCUCAGCUUCCCCAAGAUCAAAGCCGCUAUCUUCAAAGACCCCGUUCUAAAAGAUGCACCGUAUGAAGAGGACGAAGAUGUGGCCCGUGAGGCUGAACGUGUACGAAAUGGUGGGGCCGACGGCGACGCUGUGAAGCUACUAGGGAUCCGUAAAGUGUACAAGGGCAAUAAAGUGGCCGUGCGCAAUUUGUCGUUUGGUCUUCCCAAGGGCGAAUGCUUCGGCUAUCUGGGUAUUAACGGCGCUGGAAAGACCACCACAAUGAAGAUGAUGACUGGUGAUAUUCUCCCGACGUCGGGCAGCGGGACACUUGGUGGCUUCGACAUCCUGAGCGAGCAACUGGAGGUACGUCGUCUGAUCGGCUACUGCCCGCAGUUCGACGCUCUCUUUGAGCUGAUGACAGUGCGAGAGCACCUUGAGUUGUUUGCUCGCAUUAAGGGCGUGGCGAGAGCGGAUCUGAACAACGUGGUGAAGUCCCUCAUGCACCAAAUGAACUUGGACGACUUCGAGAACAAGCUGGCUGGCACGUUGAGUGGCGGCAACAAGCGCAAGCUCUCCGUCGCUAUCGCCCUGAUCGGAUCGCCUCCCAUUAUCUUCUUGGACGAGCCCUCGACAGGCAUGGAUCCGGUCUCUCGUCGCUUCAUGUGGAACGUCAUCGCUGCCAUUUCCACACAACGGAAGGAAUCGACGAUCAUCCUCACCACGCACAGCAUGGAAGAGUGCGAGGCGCUGUGUACUCGUGUUGGUAUCAUGGUGGGUGGUCGACUGCGUUGUCUUGGCAGUGUGCAGCACUUGAAACAUCGCUUCGGUGAUGGCCUCAUGCUCGAAUUGAAGCUUAAAGGGACACCGACACACGACAUUGCAGCCCGCGUAGCGUCCGUAUUCGGCGGUAGUGCUCCGACGACGACAUUCCCUCGAGAAGAGCUGCGGGCCAAAUGUGAGGCGCUUGGUGAUGCAUCCUGGGCAGAUAAGGUUGUGAUGAACCAUGCCACCGGGUAUGCAUUGGCCGCGGCGCUGGAGCGCGAUGGAACGUUGCGACUGGGCAUGCUUUGCGCGUGGUGGGCUGCUGAGGAGCGAUUCCUGUCGCUGGAUGAAUUCUUGCGCGAAAGCUUUGCUGUUAACGCCAACACUGGUGUGAAGCUUCUUGAACGGCAGAAUGAUCUGUGUCGCUAUAAGCUCACGGGUCAAGUCCCGCGGCUGGCGAGCGUGUUCCGAUGCGUUGAAGGCAGCAAGCAGCAGCUAGGAAUCCGCGAGUACGCUGUCUCGCAGACCACACUUGAGCAGAUCUUCAACAACUUCGCCGGCCAGCAGAGCGAGGAGAAGGGCGUGGCACGUGGUAUCGGCGGCUAGACACGUCAAACAUAACCAAUUCAUACUCAUCAAUUGAUUCUUCUCUAAAAGAAAUUAUUGACGCGCGUUCAAAAUAAUCGAUUAUCUUGAGGAGGAGCUUGGAA